CAGUAUUUUUUGCAAGGCUUUUCUGGGCCAUUUAGGAGUGGAUUUAGAAGCCAGUUCUGCACUUCCACAAGCUGCAGCAGGGUUCUUAGGGACCGCAUUCAGGAUCCUGUCGGCUUCCGCCGCAAAUUCGUCUGCUAAAGUCGUUGCGCGGUGUCCCUUCCAUUCCUUUCUCCCAUUUCUCUUCCUCCUGAGACGGAGAGGGCUCGACCUUGUGCCGCGUUAGAUUUCCUCGGCGUUGCGAUCUUGGUAGUGCCAAGUACUUAGGCACCACCAGGCCACGCUAUUAUACUUUCCCCUUUCCCCACUCUAGCAAAAUGCAGGCCGCAUCCGGUCUUGUUUCUCGCCAGAUUCAUCCCCCGUCGCUCCACGCCUUACAACCCUCUCCCCUCCGCGAAACCCUCUCUCCCGCAAAAACAUCUCCCUCAUUUUCCGGCCAUCAGUUUCAGCUGCCCGCAAAAUGCCCGAACCAGAUCGCGCAGCGGCUCCCGCCGAUCUCCUCCAUUUCGCAGCUCCCGGCGAAUAUAGGCCAGUCCAUCCGGCCCGGCGGGCCACGUCAGAUCAACGGCGCGGUGAUGUGGCAACAGCUGGCAGGCGAGGAUUGGGUGGCGCUCCGGGAUAACCGCUCCGACACGCGGCUCCGGAUAUUCUCGGGGACGGCGAAUCCGCAGCUCUCUCAGGAAAUAGCCUCGUGCAUGGGGCUUGAGCUCGGGCGAGUGAAGGUGAAGCGGUUCGCGGACGGCGAGAUCUACGUGCAGCUGCAGGAGAGCGUGCGCGGGUGCGACGUGUUUCUGGUGCAGCCGACGUGUCCGCCCGCCAACGAGAACCUCAUGGAGCUGCUCGUCAUGAUCGAUGCCUGUAGGAGGGCGUCUGCUAAAACCAUCACUGCUGUGAUUCCGUACUUCGGCUACGCGCGCGCUGACAGAAAGACCCAAGGCCGCGAGUCGAUUGCGGCGAAGCUGGUGGCCAACUUGAUUACAGAGGCGGGGGCCAACCGCGUGCUGGCGUGCGACCUGCACUCGGGGCAGAGCAUGGGGUACUUCGACAUCCCUGUGGACCACGUGUAUGGGCAGCCUGUGAUUCUGGACUACCUCGCCAGCAAGAUGCUCUCAUCAAACGAUCUGGUAGUCGUCUCGCCAGACGUUGGCGGAGUGGCCAGGGCUAGGGCCUUCGCCAAGCGCCUGUCGGACGCUCCCCUGGCGAUUGUGGACAAGAGGCGGCAGAGCCACAACGUGGCAGAGGUGAUGAACCUAAUCGGUGAUGUCAAGGGGAAAGUAGCGGUGAUGGUGGAUGAUAUGAUUGACACGGCCGGCACCAUUGCUAAGGGCGCUGCUCUGCUGCACGAGGAGGGGGCUAGCGAGGUCUAUGCCUGCUGCACCCACGCUGUCUUUAGCCCCCCGGCCAUAGAGCGUCUGUCUAGUGGCCUUUUCCAGGAGGUGAUUGUGACCAACACCAUCCCGCUGACUGAGGAUAAACUUUUCCCGCAGCUGACCGUGCUGUCGGUGGCGAAUCUGCUGGGCGAAACCAUCUGGCGUGUGCAUGAUGACACCUCGCUGUCUUCUGAGCAGCACCCAGCAGCGGCUGGCAUGGACAUUGAUUGAAUAUGGUGAUACAGUCUACACCUCGUCCAGAACUCAACCUGCAGAUUACAAUGCGUGUGCAUUAGGAGUUCACUUCACAAAGCUAUCCCAGGAGAACGGAUUGCUGUCACUGCACCCACCCUGUGUGUGGGUGUGCAUGCACAUACACAUGAAAUAUUCUACAUUGUGCAUUCUGAAAUAAUGAGAAAUGAUAAAC